AUGACGGCAAACAGGUGCAAGAUGGGACACAAGAGAAACAGGAACAGGAGCAGCCUUCUCAAGAAGGAGGCCUUCGUGUGCUCGGAUGAGUUUGAGAUUGCUUGCGGGUGUGCAAUUUGCUACAGCGUCUUUGUCAUUUGCUUGCAGACGGACAGCGUGGACUGGCCCUUCAUAAUACAAUUCUCGGAAAGCCUGGUCACCGCCUUCUUUCUAUUGGAGUGGUGCCUUCGCGUCCGAGUUUUUGGCCUGAAGUGGUUCAAGGAUAGCGAACACCUUCUGGAUACCUUCAUUGUGUGGUGCCCCGGCGUCAUCGUUGUUUGGAUUAUGCAGCCGAUGCAGAUUGAGGCAGAAGCGAGCGACCUGUUCAAGUUUCUCCGUAUUGCGCGGAUGCUGCGGUUCGUGCAGCUAGUCAAGGCAUUCAAGCACGUGGGUGCUUUCGAAGACCUCUGGAAGUUGGUGCGUGGGCUAGUCAGCAGCGGAGGCACACUGGCAUCAGCUAUGAGCCUCAUUGUCUUCAAUCUCUAUGUUUUCGCCAUCUUCUGCUGCGAGCUGAUUGGAUUCCAGGAGUUUUCGAGUGAUGCUUCUGAUGGCGCCAAGGAAGCACAACAGAGGUUCAAAGGCCAUCUGCCACAUGCACUGCGCACGUAG